AUGGCUCCGCGAUGGCUGACGAUCGCUCUGGCCGUGCUGGUCUCGAAUGCGGCUCUAGCCACCGCCUCUGUCCGCGACUCACGACAGCCCUCGCAGCCCAAGUACGCGACUUUUGUCAACCACGUCGGCUCCUCUGACGGCUCCUCUGACGGCAACCUGACCUUCUCGCUCACGGCCACCAACAACAAUGGCGCCGUCGAUCUUUACAUGCACCUCAGCGGCCCCGACCAGUGGCAAUGGGUUGCUGUCGGCGUCGGCGCCCAGAUGAAGGACGCUCUGAUCUUUCUCCUGUACCACAGCUCCGACGGCAACAAUGUCACCUUUUCCCCUCGUGUUGCCACGGGCGAAAACGAGCCCAGUUACCGCUCCUCCAUCGACUGCUUCGUGUACGAGGGAGACGACACCCCGUCCGUUGGCAUUCUCCAGGACAGCACCUCCGACGGUGAUCGUUACUCAGUCAAUGCCCACUGCAGGGACGUUAAAUCGGCUGCACCCGAGGCCUCUUUGGACCUGAGCGAUAAAUCUCAGCCCUUCAUCUACGCCAUCGGGCCCAUGAGCCAUGACCUGCACUCCAACUCGAGGAGUGCGGGCAUCCGCCGUCAUUUAUACUACGGCGGCUUCACAAUGGACAUGACUGCAGCUACCGAAGCCAAUACAACGGUGGCCGGCACGGCGUUUGGAAUGGAUAUGAAGGGCGCAACCAUGGGAGGUCGACUCCACGGGGACGAUGGCGGGCGUGGAUCCGGCACGCACGCAGUCGUCAUGUGCGGUACCUUCCUGUUCAUCUUCCCCCUUGGCGUCGUCCUGCUACGUGGCUUCGAGCGGGUCCAGUUGCAUGCCGGCACCCAGGCGGGAGGCUUUGUAGUCAUUUGCGCUGGUUCAGGCCUUGGAAUAUGGAUUAGUGGAUUUUACAACAAGUCCAAGAAGUUCGACUCUGCCCAUCAGAUCAUUGGCCUGAUAGUGUUUGGUCUGUUGGCCGUCCAGCUCGGCCUUGGAUGGUUCCACCACCGCAUGUUCCAGCGCUCUCGGUCGCCGACGACGAUGGGAAAGAUGCACCGCUACCUUGGACCCUUCGUCCUGGGCGCCGGCCUGGCGAACGGAUUCCUCGGGUUUCGAUUCGCGGACCAAGAGCGGAGCAAUAUUGUGUACCUACUGUUCGUGGUGGCCGUGUUCGUGACGCUGAUGAUCGGGGUCUGGUACAAACGAAGGAAGGACCGCAGGAAAACAGCGGCGGCGUACUUCGAGCCUGCUCCAAGCUCGGCGCCCCCGCCUUACAGCGCGCAGGCCCCACCUCGUGCAGGUGCAGGGGUAGGGGCAAGCUAUGCGCAGUCGCAGGCGUCGCGCAGUGACAUCGCGCUGGGCGACAUGGGCUAUCACGGGCGGACCAGCCGGGACCUGUACAACGAGCAGCCAACGCACCCGCGGGCGAUGGUGUAG